AUGAUUACCGAAAUACAUUUUUUGUGGGCCGUUCAUCAAACGCAUCACAGUUCUGAAGAAUUUAAUUUAUCCACCGCUUUAAGGCAAUCCGUUCCACAAGAUUUCGUGAUGUGGAUAUCAUAUAUUCCCAUUGCUCUCUUCAUUCCUCCGCCAAUAUACGCCGUACACGUUCAAUUUAACUUGCUCUAUCAAUUUUGGAUUCACAAUGAGUUCAUAAAUACACUCGGUCCUCUCGAAUAUAUAAUAAAUACUCCAAGUCACCACAGGGUACAUCACGGCCGAAAUCGAUAUUGCAUCGAUAAGAAUUACGCUGGAGUUCUCAUUAUUUGGGAUCGCAUGUUUGGCACUUUCGAACCGGAGUCAGACAAAGUGGUAUACGGGCUAACACACCCCAUAAACACUUUCAAUCCUGUGAAAGUUCAGUUUGGCCAUCUCCUGUAUUUAUGGAAUGCCUUCUGGGAAGCCAAAGGAGCUAAAAACAAAUUAUUCACUGUUAUAAAAGGACCCGGAUGGAAGCCGGGAAAACCGUGGCACGGAGAUCCGGAAGACAUACCAAAUGUAUCGUAUCCCGUCGAUAAAUACAAUCCGAAGUUGGAAUUUUGGUGUUGCUUGUACGUGUUGGCUCAAUUCUUUUUAAUUGCUGUAGCUUAUAUAUUGUUAGCAACUCAUCACAAGAGUGGAGAGCAGAUCUGAAUCUAAAUAUCAACUUAUAGAAAGAGAAUAUGGUCACAAUGCCGGGA